AUGCCCGGGACUGCGUACGUCAUCACUCCCAAACCCCAAUUUGCUGUCUCCAUCGCCGUCUCCUCUCGCACCGUCUUCAACAUGGUGGCAGAGAGGAAGAUCUACGAGGAAGAAGGAGUAGAGAAGUACGUGGCUUUUCAGGUGGAACAUGAAAAUGAGCCCUUCAAGCCAGGACCUGCUUUCCCGUUUGUCAAGGCGCUGAUGAAUGUCAACUCCCGACUGAGGGAGCUCUACCCAGACAGCGAGGAGCUGUUUGACGUUAUCUUAAUGACUAACAACCCUGCCCAAGUUGGAGUGCGCCUCAUAAACAGCAUCAAUCAUUAUGAUUUGACCAUAGAGAGAUUCUGUAUGACGGGAGGACAAAGCCCCAUCGGUUACCUGGAGGCUUACAUGACAAAUCUUUACCUCUCCAAAGAUUCAGACAAAGUCACAGAGGCCAUAGAGGCAGGAAUUGCUGCAGCUACAAUGUUUAUGCCAGAAAAGGAGAUGGAGUUGAGCGACACUCAGCUGAGAGUGGCAUUUGAUGGCGACGCUGUCCUCUUCUCAGACGAGUCAGAGAUCAUUGUGAAGAAACAUGGCCUGGACACUUUCUUUGAGCAUGAGAAGCGCUAUGAGAACCAACCUCUUGCUCAGGGCCCCUUGAAGUGUUUCCUGGAGGCGUUGGGAAAGCUCCAGAGAAAAUUCUACUCCAAGAACGAGCGUCUGAACUGCCCCAUCCGAACCUUUCUGGUCACGGCCCGCAGUGCUGCAAGCUCUGGUGCUCGCGUCCUCAAGACUCUCCGCAGCUGGGGUCUGGAGAUCGAUGAGGCUCUCUUCCUGGCUGGGGCUCCUAAAGGGCCCCUGCUGCAGAAGAUUCGACCCCACAUCUUCUUUGAUGACCAGAUGUUCCACAUUGAGGGUGCCAAGGACCUGGGAACCAUAGCCGCACAUGUCCCUUAUGGCAUUGGACAGAAAUACCACAAGGGGAAACUCAUCGAGCAGCCUGCAAAAAAUGAAUAGACAGAUGAUUGCUGAAUAUUUUCUCAACAGUUACACUAGGUGCCGUUCACUGUUUCACUUAAUACUGUUUUAGACGAGAAACCUGUUGACACCUUUUAUCUGUUAUAUCUUAUGAAAAGCUUACUGUGUGAGGAAAAGCACAUUUUGUCUGUUACCUUCAAGUUUAUGGAAUGUCUUCAUAUUUUUAUAUUCUAAACCUGUUUUGUAUCUUAUCGGCUGAGGUUUUAGCUGUGGGUUGUAUGCGCGCACACACACACACACACACACACACACACACACACACACACACACACACACAAUAAAUGGCAAUAAUCGCACACAUGUAAUGGGGGCCAUUUAUAUUGUAAAAGGAACAAUGGGUAGGUGUGGCUUCCAAGGAACACUGAUGCUGUGGAUGUGCACAAACAAGAAGCUUUCCUCAAACUUUUAUACUGUGUUGUGGGUCGUUUACAAUUUUUGCACUGUAUCUGCACAUCAGACAACAAACUGUAACUACACUUUUUGUAUCGCACUUACUAAAUGUAUGCAGUUUGCA